AUGCUCGUCGACUUUGAUAAAGCCUGUGGAAAGAUUGGUCUUCGACUAAAUCUCACAGAAACGAUGUUCAUGAGGAACGGUUUGGCUUCGUAUGCACCAUUCACGCUCAAUGAAACGAAUAUCUACGAAGGCUCCAGUUAUGUCUAUCUAGGCCGGGAAAUCAAUAUGAUGAACGACUUAGCUUCCGAACUGAGCAGAAGGAAACGAGCGGCCUGGGAAGCUUUCAAGACCAUCGAGGAUGUGGUGAAGAGAACAAAGAACACCUAA